CGCAGAAUGCUACUACACUACCUCUUUCCAGCUCCUUCAAUACAAUCUGCACCAAAACCCAACCCUAGAAAUUCUUGAAGAAUUUGAAUUUUUCAUCUUACCAAAACUUCGCUAUACCCUUCACUUCUAUCAAUCCGAAUACAAUUCAGAUUUAGACGCGUCUACCUAGAUUGGUAGGCUUGCAAAAGAGCCACCAUGGGUCGCGAGGUGCAUGUAAACAUGGACAGUGACAAGAGAAAGGAGAUGUUGCAUAAACUCGAGUUGAAGCAUCAGAUAAAUGUUAGCGGCACCGAACUCCUCGUCAAAGAUGAAGAUGUCCGCCGGUUGAGACUUCGAAUCCUAAUGUUGCGAGAUGAGAACACAUCUUUGCGGGAUCAAAUCGCGAACAACGAUGAGAUAAAUACGAAGCUUGCAGCCCAAUGCGAUGGCUUGAGUGCCCAGAUUGAAGCCAAGAUGGACGUAAUUCGCUCGCAGGAACAGCAAUUACGAAAACAGGAGCGAGAAUAUUCAAACCUAAAGGCGGAACUCCAAGCAAUGAACAGCGCAACGCAAGAUUCCACCAACCUACUCGCCGAAAAGCUAUCUUUAAGCCGUGAAUUAGCCGUUUUGAAGCCCGAAAUCGAACAUUUACUAUCACAAGUAAAUCAUCAACAAGCUACACUUACAGAAAAGUUAGCUUUAGAACGCCAAGUGACUACACUCGAAGUUGAACUUGCAAACGAGAAGAAGGCUACCAAGCGAGCAAUGCAAAAACGCGAAAGCAACGAUCGAGUCGAAGACGAUCUCCGACAAAAGCUACGCGAGACUGAGAAGAAACUAACGGCCGAGAAGACCGAGCGCCAAAGACUCGAAGACCAGCUAGAACAAGAGAAACGAACAAACCAGUUUGCCUUGCAAGAACAAGACAGCACCCGCGAAGUAGAAGCCGACCUUCGGAAGAAGUUGCAGGAAGCCCAAAAGCAACUACGACAAGAAAAGGAUGACAGAGAAAGGCUAGAAGAGGAACUCCAAAUUUCCAAGCUUGCCGCAAAGAAGACGCAAAAGAGUCAAACGAAUAAUAAUUCAGAUGAUGAACUACGGUCGCAAAUUGAUGAGCUGAAGUGCAAUCUAGGCUCUCAAAAGAAAGAGAACGCGAAGAUCCGCAAAGAGGGCCAAGCGGCUGUGAUAGAAGCCAGUACUCGCAAUGAUCAGCUCGAGAAAAAAGUCGAGAAGUUAAAGACGAAGCUACGCGAAACUCAGGAAGAGCUUAAGCAAUGCCAAAUAGACCUCCGAAAAGCUCAGCAAUCACGACAUUCGACCUCCUCAGAUGAUACCACCAAAAUCAACGGCCGAUCACAGGUCUUUCGUAAGAGAAAGGGCCAUGAUACGGCUCCGGGCGAUUUUACGCAAAUUGAGAUACAAACCCCGGGAGCAGAUAACCAUACAAAAACCCGCAAUGUGUUCAAGAAGCAAGAGCCUACGUUGGUGGGUGAGAAGUCCGCAUUCUCUAUCACUCCCUUCUUGAACCGCACCAAGAGUAUCAUGGAGGAUACUCCCAAAACAAACGAAGAAGCAUCAAAUACUUCAGACCCCGCCGCACCAGAUGCUACCGAGCCUGUCGAGCCUACAACAACGACAGUUCCUCUAGCCCCAGCAGGGGAGGUUCCCGAGAAGGAACCUACCCCUCCCGCUCCUGAGGAGAAGGAGAAGUCCAAACCUGGUCCCAAGUCUCGUGGUCGACCUAAGAAGGUCCUUGGCGAGGCUCCAUCGGCCAAAAAGAACGCACAGCCCGUCCCGAAGAAAUCACUAAAGACCAAAACGAGUCUCGAGAAGGUCGUAGAAGAAACCAAGGAUGAUAAUCAAGAGAACCAACGUGAACCUGCCGAGCCUGCGGAGAAGACUACAACUGUUAAGUUCAACUUUAAUCUCCCGCAAGACGAGAGCCUGUCUAGCGCCAACGGCGAGCUGCCCAAGAAGAAGAAGCGCAAGGUCCUAGGCUCGACCAAGACAUUGUUCGACGACGAGGAAGGCGAGGCGCCACCGGCUAGGAAGCCAGCGAAGAUCCAAUUAGGUGCGAAGAGGACAAUAGGAAAGGCGCCUCUCGGCGUGAAGAGGAAUGCAUUUGCUGGUUCGGCUACCUUCUCGCCCCUGAAACGAGAGCGUAGAGGUGUUGGUGCUAGUUUCCUAGCAUGACCUACAGAUUGGGAGAUAAUUCAGGGCAACAGAUUUUUCACAUGAGUCACGGAAUGGGAUCGGGAUGGGGUUUUAUGCAUGCAUUGGCGUUUAUUAAUUGCUUUCUUACAGAUCAGGGAUAGGAACGGACUGUAGG